CGUGACCGGUUUCGCGCGCGCGCCAGGCGCCAUUUUGCUUUGGCGGGAAGCGAGGCGCGCGUGAGGCGGGGCCGGUCCGGCCGCGUCUUUUUUGAGGGAAAAAUCGAAGUUUUGGGGCAUUUUCAGCCCCGCAAAGUUUCCCGGCCAUGGCUCUCCGUCACUCCCCCCGGCUCCGAGCCUCGGGCUCCUCCCGCGGCUCCUCCAGCGGCGCUCCGGGAUCGGGAUCGGGAUCGGGAUCGGGAUCGGCCCCUGGGAGCAGCUCCCCCGGCAGCCCGGAAUUCCCGGAGGAUUCCGACUCCGGCAGCGACUUCGAGCCGUCGCUGCGGCCCCGGAGCAAGCGGGGCCCGCCCCGAGGAUCCCAAAGGAGCCGCGCCCCGAAGCGCUCCCGCCUCUCCGGCAGCGACGGGAGGGACCCGGAGCCGAAUUCCCUCUUCGAGGCCGUUUUUUCGGGAAAAGUGGCCACGGAGCCGCUGGUGGACGAGUGGCUGGAGCGGUACCGGCGGGACCGGGAGGGCGCCUUCCUGGAGCUGCUGAACUUCACCGUGCGCUCCUGCGGCUGCCGCGGCGUGGUGACCCCGCAGAUGUUCCGGGAGCUGCAGAAUUCCGAGAUCAUCCGGAGGCUCACGGAGACCUUCCAGGAGAACUCCCCGGAAUACCCGCUGUCCCGCCGCUCCCCGCCCUGGCGCCGGUUCUGGGUGGAUUUUGGCUGGAAUUUCAGUGGUUUUGGCUGUUGUUUCUGUACAUUUCUGUACAUAUAUUUACAUUUAUAUGUAUUUAUAUUUAUUUUUUCCCCAGAACUCCCCGGAGUACCCGCUGUCCCGCCGCUCCCCGCCGUGGCGCCGGUUCCGGGUGGAUUUUGGCUGGAAUUUCAGCGGUUGUGGCUGUUGUUUCUGUACAUAUAUUUACAUUUCUGUACAUAUAUUCCCAUUUAUUUGUAUUUUUCCCCAGAACUCCCCGGAGUACCCGCUGUCCCGCCGCUCCCCGCCGUGGCGCCGGUUCUGGGUGGAUUUUGGCUGGAUUUUGUGUGAUUUUGGCUGUUGUUUCUGUACAUUUCUGUACAUUUCUGUACAUAUAUUUACAUUUAUUUACAUUUAUAUCUAUUUUUCCCCAGAACUCCCCGGAGUACCCGCUGUCCCGCCGCUCCCCGCCCUGGCGCCGGUUCCGGGUGGAUUUUGGCUGGAAUUUCAGUGGUUGUGGCUGUUAUUUCUGUACAUAUAUUUACAUUUCUGUACAUUAAUUUGUAUUUAUAUCUAUUUUUUCCCCAGAACUCCCCGGAGUACCCGCUGUCCCGCCGCUCCCCGCCGUGGCGCCGGUUCCGGGUGGAUUUUGGCUGGAAUUUCAGUGGUUUUGGCUGUUGUUUCUGUACAUUUCUGUACAUUUCUGUACAUUUAUAUGUAUUUAUAUUUAUUUAUCUUUAGAACUCCCCGGAUUACCCCCUGUCCCGCCGCUCCCCGCC